AUCAUCAAUAUGAUUAUGGGCUGGCCGGCUGGCCGCGGCUGGCCGGCUGCAUCCAUGCACGGCAUGCAUCUCGAAGUUCUCUACCGUUGCUGCUGAUUUUUCUUCGAGAAAAAGGCCUUUUAAGUUCAUAUUCAGCGAUGUUAUUGAAAUUACUCGUGCGUUGCAACAGCUGAAACACCGGUGGAGAUGUGUUUGCUACGGGUGACCUCAGUAGCGAGGUUAGAGAGAUUCAAGAGCGCGUUGUUGCAGUGCAGACGACUUCACGAGCAAAACGUGCGGACCACUCAGAAGUUCAGAAACAAGACGGUUUUGCUCUACGUUUCGUCGCUAGCAGUGCUUGUAGGUGGUCUGAGCUACGCAGCGGUUCCCUUGUAUAGGCUAUUUUGUCAGUCAACGGGCAGAGGUGGCCGAGCGUUUGCAGACGAGUCGGCGGAGAAGAUCGAGAAGAUGCAGAAAGUGGGACACCGCCUGAUCCGCAUCAACUUUGCAGCUGACACUGCAUCCGGCAUGCGCUGGAAUUUCAAGCCCAGGCAGUCGGAUGUCAGGGUGGCUCCGGGGGAAACAGUGCUCGCGUUUUACACGGCGAGGAACCCCGGAGACAAGCCCAUUGACGGCAUUGCCACGUACAACAUUGUUCCCUACGAGGCUGGCAAGUAUUUCAACAAGAUUCAGUGCUUCUGUUUUGAGGAGCAGCGUCUGAACCCACACGAAGAGGUGGACAUGCCGGUGUUCUUCUACAUUGACCCCGAAUACGCGGAAGACCCGCUCCUGGAGAACGUCCACGACCUCACACUUUCGUACACAUUUUUUGAGGCCAAGGAGGGUCUACAGCUACCCCUGCCCACCACCAGAUGAAGUCCGUAGACACGCAAGAUUACGCUACGUUUCACCGUCACUCAGCAUAGGGUGAACGCAAUGGCCCCCUCGAGCCCGUCGCAGUGACGGAGGCGAGCCACGUGACAGCCCUUGCCAAAAGUGUGAGGGCAUAACCCAGGCGGUUGGAGAAGAGGGAAAGGAGGAACUCCCCUCUUACCCCGGACCCCCUUUUGCACCUCCCAGAAGUCGGUUUUGUCCUCUUUGGAGAUUAGCCCGUCAAUCAGAAUUCGGACAUGGAAUAAAGUCACGUGUCUUCCUGCAACGCAUCGGUUGACCCACUGGGACCAUAGCCUUUGCCGUUUGCCAUGUUACGGUGAGAAAGAGUAUAGUAGUACUUUAUUCUAACUUUCUGUUAGAUGCACGGAAGUGCCGUUUCUGCGACGGAGAAGUGUUGCGAUCGGCAAGAUACGGGCGGGAAUGCCAUUUUUUGGUAGAAAACAAGUACUUUAUGGGAGGGAAAAAAAAUAUGUUUGAGCGAAUGAACAUUCUUUGUUGUGCCUGCUUGUGUGGGUUGUUAGUGUAGGUGGGUGCAUUGUGUAAAAAUGUUGAGUGAAUAAAAGUCUAGUUCUAUCGCUGCACAAAACGAA